AUGGAUCAGAGCACCAUUCCCAUUCCCGAGAUCAAAGCAAGUACAGGCUGGUCAUUGCUUGAAGCAGCGUAUUAUUAUACAGGCGCCAGUUUACUACGCAAUCUGGUAUGGCUUAUGACGGGAGAUGGUCGAAAUUUCGAUAAUGUGAUCUGGAUCAAUACACCAGGCCUCGGAUCUGGGAAAGUCCGGUGUGCCGUGGCACGACCGAAAGGAAGCAGGCCACACGACCAACAAUUCCCCGUUGUCCUUGUACUCGAGGGUGGCGGAUUCAUCCUUGGUCAACCCGAGGAUGGCGAGAUCAAUUGCCGUAGAAUUGCAGAUACUUGUCAGGCGAUAGUCGUAUCCAUCGACUAUGCAAAGGCACCAAGCUAUCCGUUUCCUCAUGCCUUGUUACAGAUUCAUAGCGUACUGGCCUGGUUGUUCUCACCUGAAGCCAAACAGCAAGGUCUAUCUGUAGAUCCAGAGAGGGUGGCGGUCAUGGGAAAUUCGGCAGGUGGUAAUCUCACAGCAUCGCUGUCGCUGCUUGUCUCAUUCACCAAGGGUCCAUGUGCACGUCUCAGACGAAAACUUCCACAAAACUUCCAGCUCAAGUAUCAAAUAAUCCUGUAUCCGGGCGUGGAUUGUCACUUGUUAUACCGUCACCGAUACAGCGAAGCUGAUGAGACGACUCAAAAGGCCAGCAUCCCGAUCGCGUUUGCGGAGCUGAUGGAGGGUGCGUAUCUGCCUCCCACCAUCGACAAAAAGCAAAUCUUCGUUGCCCCAACCUUGGCAGAUCCUGCCCUGCUUCGAGAGCUCAAAGUACCUCGGGCUUUACUGCUCCUUGCUGGUCGGGACUGUCUUGUAUUCGAAGGACAGAGAUUUGGUGCGAACCUUAAGGCUGCCGGCAUCAGAACAGUAGUCCACGAAUACCCCGACGCUAUCCACGGAUUCAGUCACUACAAGAAGGGAGCUGACUUUCGGCCUGAAGACGUAGAAAACUGUUGGGUUCGGAUCUGUGACGCUCUUAGUGAAGCGUUUCGGAAUUAG